UUGAAAUCCGUUUAAAAAAAGAGUUAUCGGUCCGCAGUCCGAUAAAAAUGCUUUCCGUUGGGGAAAUAUUGGAUCACAUCCAAUCGCUUGCGAUGAUGGUGAGCGUUGUAAUCUCCGGAUGGCAGACCGGAAAAAAUGCCACCGGUCAAAAUGUCCAUAACAAUAUUAAAUCGCCGGAAUCCAUCGGGCACAGCGCGCACAAUGGUACAACAAAGGCAACAAAAAGCGCCGUUUGUGAAAGUCCAACUUGUCUUCGCGCAGGACAAGAACUACUGUCGUCCAUUGACCCAAACGUAGAUCCAUGCGAGGAUUUAUUUGCCUACACAUGCAAUAACUGGAUAAAAUCGCAUCCUGUGCCAUCGGAUAAACAGAGCGUUUCGAUCCUGUCGGAAAUGGGAGAUAUCGUUAACGAGCAGCUGCUCGGUGUGCUGUACGCUACUGCUUCCGAGAAGAUAUUCAAAUCAAAAGCAAUGGUGAAAGAUUUCUUCAAAAAGUGCGUUAACGAAGACGGCAUUAAUGCUGAUGGGAUGACCUUUGUACAAAACGCUCUCACUGAAACCAUAGGCCAGUGGCCGCCAAUAACUCCUGCAUGGAACGACAAAUCUCCACAAAUUACCAGUUAUCUUUAUCGCCUGUCAAAGUUAUACAACGCGCGCUCAUUGAUUCAGUUGAACGUUGACAAAUCUCUACACAAUUCAUCGCAAAUGGUGCUUUAUCUCGGAAUUGAUUCCGGUUUUGAGAAAGAAAUUGUUAAUGGGCUAAUGUUGGAUGUGUCGGUUAACGGUACCCUGGAUAUGGUCAGCAAUGUUAUCAGCUCGCUACUACAUUCCAAGAACCUUACGGGAGUAAUCGAUGAAAGAAGUAUCUUGAACGAUGCGACCAGUAUCGUUGAGUGGGAGAUCUUUCUCGCCAACAUUUCAUUACCUGCAGUUGUUGCAAGAAAGCUUAACAAAGCGUUCAUAAAUAUGACAUUUGCCGAGCUGCAAUCAAGAUACUUCUCGAAAUCCUCCGUUGCAAAGAACUUCAGGGAUCUUCUUGAAAAUAUGAUUUCCAGUGGGAAUUUCACGUAUCAGAUCACGCCGGAUAUGGAUAUUUAUGUAACGAAUCCGGCCGCGUUUCAAGCAUUAGAUAACCGUCUUCUUCAGCUGGAAAGCGAUCCACGAGGUCAGCGGGGAUUAAUCACAUUCUUGGGUUGGAGGCUGUUAGACCUGUAUAGCAGCACACUGCCUUUUUCCGUGAGGAGGUUUUUCGAAGAGUACAGUCGCCUAAUUACCGGGAUGGAGGAGCAGGAGCCGCGCUGGAAGGACUGUAUCUCUUAUGCUUCGGAAUUGUUUCCGCUACCGGUUGGUGCUCUGUAUACUGAUGCAGCGGUGCCCAAAGAGGCGCGGGCGUCACUCCAGAAAAUGAUAAAGGAUUUGAAAGCGGCGAUGCGGGAAAUGAUCGACGGCACCAGCUGGAUGAGUCGUGCAACCAAGGAGGAGGCGCUUGCUAAGCUGGACAAUAUGGCGGAGUUCGUACUGUACCCAGAUUGGUUUGUCGAUCCAGCAAAACUCGAUCACGAUUACUCCGAGAUCAAGUCAAAUGCAUCCUUGUUUGAGCUUUCGCGGUUUGGAAUGAAUUUACAAUAUCAGAAGGAAAUCCGCAGGUUAGAAGACCCUCCAACGCGGUUAGAAAUGUUGGAAUCGUUGAUGGUGACAUCUGACGUGAAUGCCUUCUACGAGCCCAAUAUAAACGGAAUAGGAAUACUGGCUGGAAUUUCGCAGUAUCCGUACUUCGAUGCCGAGCUACCCGAGUAUUUCAACUAUGCCGGAAUGGGCACAACAGUUGGACACGAAUUCACGCAUGGGUUUGACGAUGCCGGUUCAAUGUUUGACAAAGACGGCAACCUGCGGGACUGGUGGACGCCGGCUGACAAAGCUAAAUACGAUCAAAAGGCCAGCGAAGUCAUUCAACAGUACGAUAUGUACGAAAGCUACACUACCGGGAUACACGUUAACGGGAAUCUAACACAGGGCGAGAAUAUUGCAGACGGCGGCGGCUUCAAAGCAGCUUUCUUGGCGUAUCGGAAGCUGGAGCGCGACGGCGUCACCAUGCAAGCGCUUCCGGGUUUCGAGGGUGUGCCCUUUGACAAGAUGUUCUACCUGGCGUACGCAUAUGGUUAUUGUGAGCAGUACCGUCCAGAAUUAUCGCUUUUGACGGAUCCACAUAGCCCGGGAAAAUACCGGGUGAAUGGUAUUGUGGUGAAUACUCCGGACUUUGCACGCAUUUUCAAUUGUCCUAAAGAUAGCCAACAGUCUCACCAAAGCGGAGUUUGGUGACCAGGAACUGAAUUCUUACCGUACCGGCUAGCAAAACGAUAUGCGUGUCCGCUCGGUGUUUCGCUAGGAGGUUGUCCUUGUUAAAGCCGGACUACUUUUUAUUGUGGUAUCAUUUGCGAAUAAGAGGUCCUGCUGGUGCAGUGAGAUGGCAUAGUAGUAUUUAAUAAGACAUAGCGCGGCAGCCGUUGUUGCCACCGUGUUGUUGUGUGUGUUAGAGCUGAGCGGGUGUCAG